AUGUCUUUGACCUCUGCCUACCAGCAUAAAUUAGCCGAGAAGCUCACUAUUCUGAAUGAUCGAGGUCAGGGGGUUCUCAUCCGCAUGUAUAACAUCAAGAAGACUUGCUCAGACCCCAAAUCCAAGCCACCUUUUUUACUGGAAAAGUCCAUGGAACCUUCUCUCAAGUAUAUCAACAAGAAAUUUCCCAACAUUGAUGUCCGAAGCAGCACGCAACAUUUAGGACCAGUACAUCGAGAAAAAUCUGAGAUAAUUAGAUUCCUCAUCAACUACUACCAGUCAUUUGUGGAUGUCAUGGAAUUUCGGGAUCAUGUAUAUGAGCUUCUCAACACCAUUGAUGCCUGCCAGUGCCAUUUUGAUAUUAAUCUCAACUUUGACUUCACCCGGAGCUACCUGGACUUGAUCGUGACUUACACCUCAGUUAUUUUACUUCUGUCACGGAUUGAAGACCGACGGGUACUCAUUGGCAUGUACAACUGUGCCCAUGAGAUGCUGCAUGGGCAUAGUGACCCCAGUUUUGCCCGUCUGGGGCAGAUGGUGUUGGAGUAUGAUCACCCUCUGAAGAAGUUGACAGAGGAGUUUGGGCCUCACACGAAGGCUGUGAGUGAAGCUCUCCUCUCUUUGCACUUCCUCUUCGUCCGGAGGACCCAGGGGGCUGAGCAGUGGCGCAGUGCCCAGCUUCUGAGUCUCAUCAGCAGCCCCCCAGCCAUGAUUAACCCUGCCAAUUCAGACACAAUGGCCUGUGAGUACCUAUCUGUGGAAGUGAUGGAGCGCUGGAUUAUCAUUGGGUUUCUUCUUUGUAAUGGGUGCCUCAACUCCAACAACCAGUGCCAGAAGCUGUGGAAGCUGUGUCUGCAGGGCUCCCUGUACAUCACCCUAAUCCGGGAGGAUGUGCUACAGGUGCACAAGGUCACCGAGGACUUAUUUAGCAGUUGGAAAGGGUAUGGCAAGAGAGUGGCAGACAUAAAGGAAAGCAAGGAGCAUGUAAUUGCAAACAGCGGCCAAUUUCACUGUCAACGGCGCCAAUUUCUGCGGAUGGCAGUGAAGGAGCUGGAGACUGUGUUAACAGAUGAGCCAGGACUGCUGGGUCCCAAGGCCCUUUAUGCUUUCAUGGCUCUGUCCUUCAUUCGUGAUGAGGUCACCUGGCUGGUUCGCCACACAGAAAACGUCACCAAGACAAAGACACCUGAGGACUAUGUUGACUCGAGCAUUGCAGAAUUGCUUUUCUUAUUGGAGGAGAUUAGGGCUCUUGUCCGGAGACACAUCAAAGUGAUACAGCAAUACCACCUUCAGUACCUGGCCAGAUUUGAUGCCCUUGUGCUCAGUGACAUCAUUCAAAACCUGUCUGUGUGUCCUGAGGAGGAGUCCAUUAUAAUGUCCUCAUUCGUCAGUACUCUCUCCAAUCUCAAUCUCAAACAAGUUGAUAGUGGAGAGAAAUUUGAAUUCUCUGGAUUGAGGCUGGACUGGUUCCGUCUACAGGCAUAUACCAGUGUGGCUAAGGCUCCCCUGCACCUUCAUGAGAAUCCUGACUUAGCCAAGGUGAUGAAUCUCAUUGUCUUUCACUCCCGAAUGCUGGACUCAGUAGAGACUAUACUGGUGGAAACUUCUGACUUGUCUACUUUCUGCUUCCAUCUCCGCACCUUUGAGAAGAUGUUUGCCGUGACCCUGGAGGAACCUACCAUGUUGCGUUAUGCCAUUGCUUUCCCUCUGAUUUGUGCUCAUUUUGUCCACUGCACUCAUGAGAUGUGCCCGGAGGAGUACCCCCACCUGAAGAACCAUGGCCUUCAUCACUGCAACUCUUUCCUUGAAGAGUUGGCCAAGCAGACCAGCAACUGCGUCCUGGAGCUCUGUGCUGAGCAACGAAACCUGAGCGAGCAGCUUCUACCUAAGCACUGUGCCACUACCAUCAGCAAAGCCAAGAAUAAGAAAAUCAUGAAGCAGAGGCAGACUCCCAGAAAAGGAGAACCUGAGAGAGACAAGCCAGGAGCUGAGAGUCACCGGAAGAACCGCAGCAUUGUCACCAACAUGGACAAACUACACCUAAACUUGACAGAAUUGGCGCUGACAAUGAAUCAUGUGCACAGCUUCUCUGUGUUUGAACACACGAUCUUCCCUUCUGAGUAUCUCAGCAGCCAUCUGGAGGCCAGACUCAACAGAGCCAUUGUGUGGCUGGCUGGCUACAAUGCCACGACCCAGGAGAUCACGAGGCCUUCUGAACUGUUGGCAGGAGUCAAGGCAUAUGUUGGUUUCAUACAGUCGCUGGCUCAGUUUGUGGGUGCAGAUGUUUCUAGAGUCAUCCGCAAUGCCCUCCUGCAGCAGACACAGCCACUGGACUCGUGUGGGGAACAGACGAUCACCACUCUCUACACAAAUUGGUACCUAGAAAGUCUGCUUAGACAGGCGAGCGGCGGCACCAUCAUCCUCUCCCCCGCCAUGCAGGCCUUCAUCAGCCUUCCCAGAGAGGGGGAGCAGAACUUCAGCGCAGAGGAGUUCUCUGACAUCUCUGAGAUGCGGGCCUUGGCUGAACUGUUGGGCCCCUACGGCAUGAAGUUCCUGAGUGAGAACCUGAUGUGGCACGUGACCUCUCAGAUUAUGGAGCUGAAGAAGCUGGUGGUGGAAAACAUGGAUGUACUUGUUCAGAUCAGAUCCAACUUUAGCAAGGCAGACUUGAUGGCUUCUCUGCUGCCCCAGCUGACAGGGGCUGAUAAUGUGCUGAAACGCAUGACCAUCAUUGGAGUUAUCCUCAGUUUUAGGGCCAUGGCCCAGGAGGGACUUCGGGAGGUGUUCUCCUCCCACUGCCCAUUUCUCAUGGGUCCCAUAGAGUGCCUGAAGGAGUUUGUGACCCCAGACACAGACAUCAAGGUGACCCUGAGUAUCUUUGAGCUGGCCUCUGCUGCAGGAGUGGGCUGUGACAUUGACCCAGCCCUGGUGGCUGCCAUUGCCAAUCUGAAAGCUGAUACUUCAUCCCCUGAGGAAGAAUAUAAGGUGGCCUGCCUGCUCUUGAUCUUUCUUGCUGUUUCCCUCCCACUCCUCGCCGCUGACCCUUCUUCUUUCUAUAGUAUUGAGAAGGAUGGUUACAACAACAAUAUUCACUGCUUGACCAAAGCCAUCAUCCAGGUAUCUGCUGCCCUCUUCACACUCUACAACAAGAACAUCGAAACUCACCUCAAGGAGUUUCUGGUGGUGGCUUCUGUCAGCCUCCUGCAGCUGGGCCAGGAGACUGACAAGCUUAAAACCAGAAAUCGGGAAUCCAUUUCUCUGCUCAUGCGCUUGGUGGUAGAGGAGUCCUCCUUCCUGACCCUGGACAUGCUGGAGUCCUGUUUCCCUUACGUCCUGCUUCGAAAUGCCUAUCGGGAGGUAUCCCGGACCUUCCACCUGAACCGAGUGCCAACUAGUACCCACUGA